AUGCAUAAAAGUCAUGAUCACCCUGACGAUGUGAUGAUGUUUAUAUUCCGUAGGAAUUUAAGCUUAGUUUCUCUCUUUCUCUCCAUAUAUUCACAGUUUGCAGUUGAUUUCUCCACUUCUCUAUCGUGGAAAGGACGUGCAGAUGGGCCCUUUGGUAACAUCAAUCACCCUCCCAGUAACGGGUCUGCCUGGUGGGUUCACAAAAUUCGGACCUGGGAAGAUUUUAUCGAGGAUAAUCCACUGGAUGACGAGAAAGAAGACAUGGACUUUUACUUUUGGAUCUCGUGGCUUGCCCCUUACAGUUGGCAGGAGGAGGCGCUGGUGGAUUUCAACGACCGUAUUCCGCUCAGCCGGGUUGCAGUCUCGAUGUACGAAGAUGAAUGCCGAAUAAGCGACGAAGCAAGGACAAGACUGCUGGAGAACGAUACAGGGGCGGCACUUCCUCGAACUCUAUCACCACCUGGAAGAUAUCGUUUGAGCACAUCCUCCAGACGGCCCCUGGAGCUGUUCUUUUUGUUAUCCCUCAUGAGCUUUUUUGACCGACAAGAGAUUCCAUUUGGUGGAAGUCUAUCAAGACUAAGGGAAGGGGGUCAAGCCGAGGAUUUGAGUCGUAGCGUUGAAGCUUUGGAGUUGCUCAAGUCCGUGACAGAACUAGAGAACCAAGAUGUGUAUCGAAUGGCUGAAUAUGAUGGAGCAAGAUUAGGACUUCGCUUUAUUUAUUGCAUCUAUGUUAAGUAG